AUGGCAACCGGUUCAACGGUGCUGGACCACUUCCACAUACUCCAGCGUGCUGGGGGAAGUGGUUCGCUACGCUACCGUUUGAGCCGAAUGCAAGAGAUGGAAACGAUGAUUCAGUCCGAGGUAAUGACAGCCGUGGAACUAUCACUGGAGGGUCUGCGCAGGUCAUUCUUUAUCAAUCAAGGCGUAUAUCUGUGCAACAAGCCCAAUGAGAUAUGCAAGAUCAUUACUCCCCCAUCUGCCGCGAUCUUCAAACAUCUGGAAAACCUCCAUAGCACUGUUCCUAAGUGCCAACACACAAAAGGAAUGAGCACAGCGAAGAAUCCAAACACAGGAAAAAAUUAAUCUCAACACAGACAGGAAUCUAAGGUUUUAGUGGAGCAAUGGUUAACAACCAAGUCAGAAAUCCUCCAUAUUUCUUCUUCACUCCUUUUUUUUUCCGUUCAAUUGCUGGUCUGUUCCAAUUCUCCACAUAUCUUGUUUGUCUUGGAUUGUCCCUCCUAUUGGGCUGACCGUCCCAUUGACGGCUGCAUCAACCAAGGAGCUCUCCUGCGGAAUUGGAUGCAUCAUGGCCUGAAUUCAAUUCAAGUUUUUGGCUCAUGCUCACAAGGUGUUUGAAAGGUCAAAUUUGGCUUCUGGCUUUCGCAUCUGAAACCACACUCCCAUGGAAACAGGUGUAGUAAAGCUCAAGUGAUGCAAUAAUGGUUGCUUGGAAGAGACAGGAAAGGCUGUGCAGAGCUCGAUGGAAAAGGAGCCAGAGCAGGAGCUGGAUAUGUUCUUGUAUAUACAGACACGUGCCACAUAUAUAUGGAGGACCCUCUUCGCCGGGUCAAGAUCAAGCGGAAAGGCAGGAGAGCGACCUGAUAGACAUAGCAUAAAUGUAUGCCCGGACAGGACCUCGGAGUCGGUGUGCUCCAUGCGCCAUGGUGGGGGUCGGGGGAAUUUUCAGGGACAGAACAUUAAUCGGAUUCGCGGCGGGAAAAGGGUCUUCUGAGCUUGCUCGCUCAUUUUUUGCCCGUUCUCGGAAUGGCAUUGGCGUGGCACGUAGUUCCUACGAAGGUGACUUUGUCCGGUGAAUACAGAGUAGUGGCCUGUAAUUACCGGCGCAUGAAAUUUCAGCGGAUUACGAGUAGUUAUAUUUCUAGUGAAAUAUAACUGACGGUCUUCCACGCAGCGGCCAACAUCCAAACAUUGUUCGCCUCAGCCCUAUCAAAACAUGGCCACGCGCCAUGCUUGUUCUCGGAAGAAGAUGCACAGAUGAAAGCCCGAGAAUCUACACAUUUAGUUACAAUACCUACUGAGAACCUGUUCGGGUGCUUUCCAUUCCCCGAACAAACUUCUUUCAUACACGAAGCUCUCUUUCUUGAGCAACUGAUCGGCUUCUGAAAAAGCAAAAUUGUCAAUGAGUUGAACGAAGCUGGUGUAGUUGUGCUCCAAUACAUCAUUGCAUGGCUUAAUUUAACUACUCUGUGUUCACUGUGAAUUGGCCCUUGCUUUGUCUUGUUCAUACCGUGGACAGGUCACACCUCGUCUUCAAAUACUCAUGUCCAUCUUUGGUCUG